CCGAUUAGCUGUUGAAGUGGUUUGAUCCUGACCCGAAAUACAACCAACUGGUAUACAAAGUGAGUGCCGGCUUACAGUUAUUAUUAUCAAACAAUUCUAAACCAAAAGUUUACAACUAAAAUUUUGAAGUUAAAUUAAAGCUAAGAAGGUUUGUAGUUUCUUAAAGGAAAUCUCUUCGUACUGCUAGUGCUAGUUCCUAGUAUAGCACUGCAUUCAGUACACUAUAGACUGAAAUUGAUUGGCAUAAUUUGAAAAGAUGACUGAGAUCUUCAGUUAUACAGCCUGCAGACAGUUAUCUCAGAUGUUUUUCUCGAUUAGUUUUUUUCAUGGUUCUGAAUACCUUCUAGCAAUCAGCAUUCAUGGGAAAUCAACUGUUACUCUUAAGUCGCUUCUGGUCAGCAAGCAUUAUCUUCUAGCAAUGCUCUUUUCAUUGGUUGAAUACUUGAUUGAAUUCUCUUUAUUUCCUGGACUGAAGGAAUAUUGGUGGGUAAGUAAUUUAGGCCUUGUGCUAGUUGUAAUUGGUGAAGUCAUUCGGAAAAUGGCAAUUAUAACAGCUGGGCGAGCCUUCACACAUCUUAUCAAGAUUUAUCAUGAGGAGCAUCACAAGCUGAUCACUCAUGGAGUCUACAGAUUUGUUCGUCAUCCAAGCUAUUGUGGUUUCUUCAUCUGGUCAGUUGGCACCCAGAUAAUGUUAUGUAAUCCCAUAUCGACAAUUGCAUUUGCAGUUGUUGUCUGGCACUUCUUUGCAAAUAGAAUACCGUAUGAAGAGUAUUUCUUGAGGCGGUUUUUUGGGUCCCAGUACGAGGAAUAUGCUCGGCAAAUUCCUUCUGGAGUUCCAUUUGUGAAGUGAAGUUCUGAUAGUCGGAGGCAGACUUGCAGCUACUGAAACUGUUUACUUCAUCUAACCAUGAAAGCCAUUGCAAAGUUCCAGUACUAUUAUUCUAUUCAAGUGGUCUGGAACUUCUUUUUGCGUUUGAAACUGACCAUAUCAAGCAGGGAUAAGUUAUCCAUCUCACUAUGACCAAGAUUUGCGUUCACUGGAAGGAGCUAACAGUUGGCAUGUCUUGGAAGGUGGUAAAGCUGAAGUUGAUUGAUUUCUUGUUGUUGGUCGUUCUGGGUAAAGAAUUUAUUACAGUAAUCUAGCUCAUGGAACAUCUAUUGGUCUAGAUCCAGCCAGCGGUUGUACCUUAUGUUCUCAAUGAUGCACUUUCUUCAUGCUAACUUAAGAAAAAGGACAACAGAAUACCUGUUUAGCUGGCAAUCUGUUUGAAUAUUAACGAAAACUUAGAACCAUCUCUGAGAAAUGAAACUUACAAGAUUUUAAUUAA